AUGGCACCCUCCGAAUGCAAACCACUGCGAAUUCCCACCAAAGCGAAACGGCACAGCACGAGGCUCGCACAAGCAUGUAAAAACCGCCUUCCCUCUCCCCCGAGUGAAGGUCAACCGGCCACUCAAAAGCGGAAACGUCAGGAAAGACACGACGAAGAUCUCGAGUCAGGCUUGAAAAGGACGCACAAACUCCAACGUGUCCACGACACACCAACCCUUUCGGGAAGCUCGACCGCGAACACCCUGUCCUACGGUUCACCAGUCCACUGGGAGGAUUACUUUGAGCAGUGGCCUCCUAAUAGAGAUAUGGACGAAUCAAUGACCAAAAAGAGAAACCGAACUCCAUCUCACACUCCGUCAAGUAGUUACAGCAAAAGCGUCCGAGAUGGCGAGGCUCCAGCGGCCUGGACACGGCAGCACGAAGAGAAGAUGCAGGAAGCUGGGCUUUUCAUGACAGACUAUCAAAAUCGUGCUUCGAUCACCGAUGACUGUAAGAAGCUGUGUGACGAACUCCAUGAGAAAAAUUACGACGAUCCCACCGGAUCGUUAUUUAAGCCGCAGAGGCUUGCAAAAAUUCUCGAGCGAGUACGCUUUCGCAAUGAGGCUCGUGUGGUCCGGGAUAUCAUGCCUGUCCUUGUUCCGUCCCCUGAGCUCCUCCAUAUCGACGGCGUCGCCUCACUGAAAGACAUAUGCGAAGCGUUGAAUGCCGAGUGGACUCAGUGCAACACGCUAUGCGGCCCGCGACCGAAGCCGGACUUUGUUGCAGGAGUGGCAGGCUCUGCCUUCACCAAUGAAGAAAGGGAGAAACUCCAACUAAGCCACACAAGCUCAAGUCCCAACUCAUUCCCCGAGAACAUGUACUAUCCGUUCUUGAUCUGCGAAGCCAAAGGCAGUGACAAACCUGUGGACGCUGCAGAACGGCAGGCUAUGCACAGUGCUAGUAUUGCUGUGCUUGCUCAGAUCCAGUUGUACAGGAAAUUUUCUGCUGCAGAAGAACUGGAUGGCAAAGUCCUGGUCUUCUCCAUUGCACACGACGCUUCCAUGAUCAAAGUCUUUGGUCACUUCGCGAAAAUUGAAGGUGACAAGCUCACUUUCUUUCGACAUCAGUUGUAUCUCAGUGAUAUCGCCACCGACCUGCGAUCAGAGGCAUCAUCCCGCGCGUACAACAUCACACGUGCCAUCUACGAUGUCUUCUUUCCUCAACACCUGGCUCGGAUCAGAAGCGCUUUGUCGAAGCUCAGGGGCUCCACGGUGGCGUCCUUCACAUCUCAACUGGAUCUGGUUGAUGGCUCUCAGGAAUCCACUGUCAGCAAAUCAUUGCAGGAAGAUGCAAGGUUCAAGAAGCCAUCGCUUUCGUCCACCGCGAUGCUGCAGCAAGAGAAUGAAAGGCUUCGCGACCAACUCUUGGAGAUGGUGCGCAACCAGCAAACCGAAGCUAUAUCUCAGCGGCAAGAGCAAGACAAGCAACGAGUGGUGAUGGAGCAACAGCUAGCUCAGCAAAAGGAGCAGACGGAGCAACAGCUAGUGCAGCAGAUGGAGCAGAUGGAACGACAGCUAGCUCAACAGAAGGAUCAGAUGGAACGACAGCUAGCUCAACAGAAGGAUCAGAUGGAACGACAGCUAGCUCAACAGAAGGAGCAGAUGGCACAGCAGUUGGCACAACAGAAGGAGCAUAUGGGACAGCAGCUGGCUCAUCAAUGCGAGCUGAUUGCUCUACUGAAAGAGUCUAAGAGCAAAUGA